GGCGGGGAGUGACGGGACGGGUCUGCAGCCGCUUCUUCCUCCGGGCCGCCGGCGGCUCGGAGCAGCUCCUUUCAUUCCGUAGGGGUGCGGAUGGAGUCAUUGUGCCCAGCUUGAGCGCGUCGGCGGGACCGGGAGCCGCUCUGCCAAGCCCGGGCGGGCAGGCGCAGCAUGGUGGACUAUAUUGUGGAAUAUGACUAUGAUGCAGUGCAUGAUGAUGAGUUGACCAUCCGAGUUGGGGAAGUCAUCAGGAAUGUGAAAAAACUUGAAGAAGAAGGAUGGUUAGAAGGGGAGCUAAAUGGCAAGAGGGGCAUGUUCCCUGACAAUUUUGUGAAGGAAGUUAAGAAGGAUGUAGAGCCCAAGGAUGACACUGUACCACUCAGAAGGGAGAAGUCUGGCAACGUAGCCAGUCUUGUGCAGCGUAUGAGCAGCUAUGGGCUUCCAGCAGGAGGAUUUCAACCUCACCCCCCAUCCAAAAACUUCAAGAAGAGGUCCAAGAAGCGGCAGUGCAAAGUGCUCUUUGAAUACGUCCCACAGAAUGAGGAUGAGUUGGAGCUCAAACUGGGGGAUGUGAUCGACAUCGGUGAAGAGGUAGAAGAUGGAUGGUGGAGUGGAACACUAAAUGGCAAGGCAGGGUUGUUUCCUUCAAACUUCGUGAAAGAAUUGGAAUUGACAGAUGAUGGAGAAACACAGGAUGCCGUGGAUGACACAGAGCCUGUUUUCAGUAAUCAUACCUCACCUGUGGCAUCUCCAGGAAAUGGGAACGAACCUGGAACUGGACCAGCAGCACAGCCAAAGAAAAUCAGAGGUAUUGGGUUUGGAGAUAUCUUUAAAGAAGGCUCAGUGAAACUUAAGACAAGAUUGUCCAGUAAUGAAUCGGAAGAUAAAAAGCAAGAUAAGCCAUUACCUAAUCAUCCCCCUGGAACAAAGCUAAUUCAUUUUCCCAGUACAAUAAAAACUGAAAACUCAUCAGAAGUAGUAAAAUCUGAAACAGAAAGUAAAUCAAAAGCCAAGGAAUAUUGCAGGACAGUAUUUUCCUAUGAAGGCUCAAAUGAUGAACUCAGCUUUAAAGAGGGCGAGAUCAUUCAAAUAAUAAGUAAGGACACUGGAGAGCCAGGCUGGUGGAGAGGAGAACUCAAUGGUAAAGAAGGAGUCUUCCCAGAUAAUUCUGCUGUUCAAAUACAAGAGUCUGAUAAAGAGUUUCCUAAGCCAAAGAAACCUCCACCUCCAGUUAAAAGUCCAGCUCCAAAGCCUGAAUUGCCAGCUGGAGAGAGGAAGCUCCCUUCUUUGAGGCCUGAUGAAAAAGAUGAAAAAGGAGCUGUGGAUCAGAAGCCUUUGAAGCCACAAGCUCCUCAGGUACCACCUAAGAAACCUCUUCCUCCAAGCAAGACUAACAGCUUACUGAGAGCAGGGCUUCUGCACCCAAAACGUCCAGAUAAACCUGUUUUGCCAUCAUCUGUAUCCAAGUGA